GAAACAGCCUUGGGAUAGAUUAAGAACGUCGCUGUGGUAGGCUCAACUAAUUGAAUUGUUAUUCAUUUUAAAGAGCUUGAAACUAGAUACUGCUUACAAGAAUUUAUAAGAUGAAGUCGCUGUGUCUUCUGUCUGUUUUCGGAUGCUUCUUCUUGGUGAAUUCUGCUUUAGGACAACUGAUAGGUAUUUUAUCGAUUAUGGUUUAAACAAUGAAUUUUAAUAAGAUUGAUAAGGAAUAAUAUGACUAGAGAUAUCAGGUGUUGAAGCUAUGGUGUGGAGAAAUAAAUUGAUGUAGCUAUUUUUAUUGAUGUAACGUGUUGCAAUUAUAGUGCGUUGAUAAAAAGUGUUGCAGCUUUGAUUUAAAGAUAUAAAGUGUUGCACCUAUGAUGUAGAGGUAUAAAGUGUUGAAGUUGUUGUCUAGAGAUAUAAAGUGUUGCAGUUGUGAUGUAGAGAUAUAAAGUGUUGCAGUUGUGGUGUAGAGAUAUAAAGUGUUGCAGUUAUGGUGUAGAGGUAUACAUUGUUGUAGCUAUUUUUAUUGAUGUUUCGGGUUGCAAUUAUAGUGCGUUGAUAUAAAGUGUUGCAGCUAUGAUUUAGAUAUAAAAAUUGUUGUAGACUUGUUUAAAAUAUGUAAAUUGUUGCAGCUAUUAUGUAGUAAUAUAAAGAGGAGCAGCUAUGCUGUAGACAUAUAAAGAGUUGCAGCUGAGCUGUGGUGUAGAGGUAUAAAUUGUUGCUGCUGUGGUGUUGAGAUAUAAAGUGUUGCGGAUGUGGUGUACAGAUAUAAAGUGUUGAAGUUGUGGUGUAGAGAUAUGAGUGGUUACAGCUAUUGUUUAUUGAAAAAAAGUGUUGCAUCGAUGGUGUAGUUGUAUAAAUUCUCUGCGUAAAAAUAUGGGAUCCUGAGACUGAUGGGGGCUCUGCAUCAGAAUGUUGGGUCAUAAGGGUCAAUAUUGCUCCAUAAUGGGCGGUACGGAACAAGCUGGUACCAUAAAGAUCAAUAUUAGACCAAUAGGGUAAUAGGUAUGCCGUGUCAUAUGGGUCAAGCUGAGACCAUAAGAGUCAAUGUGUGGUCAUGCUGGUUCAUGUUGGACUAUAUGCGUCAACGUGGGGGUCAUAUUCGUCAAUGUAAGUCUCAAAUGGUGAAAGUUGAGCCAUAAUGUGCAAGGUGGGUUUUGAAGGACAGGUGACAAGGCAACAAGUGUGGCCUGAUUCACAAACCUUAAAAGCGUUAUAAAAAUGCCUCUUACCUGCAACGCUAAAACCAUCAUGCACUGUGCUGAACUAGCCAUAAUUCACACACACACAUAUAAAACUGUAGAUCACCCAUCCUUGUCAUGCAUACAACAGUCGGUGACGAUAAGAUAUUGCAAUGUACAAGCAGGUCAUCAUCACAUGUUAAGCGAUUGAACAACCGGGCGUGGCUGGCCAAUUAGAAUACCAUAGCGUUUUGUUGUUCAGAAUGUGAGACGAUUUAUAUCAAAUUAAACACCUUUUAAGCGGAACUUUUACCAAUUCGUUCAUGGAGACAAAUUACGCAUAGGCAAUUGUAGGCAGUGUUUCUUUCUGUCUGACUGGCUGCCGACCCCCCUAAUACAACUUUCACUGACUGCCAUCCACCCUUCUCCAGCAUUCACUGACUGCCAUUCACACUUCUCGGACCUUCACUGACUGCCCCAACAGUUCUCAAGCAUUCACUGACUGCCAUCCACCCUUCUCCAGCAUUCACUGUCUGCCAUUCACACUUCUUGGACCUUCACUGACUGCCCCAACAGUUCUCCAGCAUUCACUGACUGCCAUCCACUCUUCUCCAGCCUUCUGUGACUACCUUUCACCUUUCUCCAGCUUUAAACGGCUGCCCACUACUCUUCUCCAGCCUUCUGUAACUAACCUUCACCUUUCUCCAGCUUUAAGCGGCUGUCCACCACUCUUUUCUAGCCUUCACUGACUGCCCACCACUACCUCCGUGUGCCCGCCCACCUAGCGGCUGCCACCACACCACCGACGAAAACGGAUGCAUGACGUGUCAUAUUAUGUGUCCCCGGAAAGCGUGUCCUCCCGUAUGUGACAACGUGUGUCUGAAUGGGUAAGUCAAUUCAUUGUUAGUGUAAACAUGUGUCCUAACUGGUUAAGUCCAUUCGAUGUGUAUGUCAACUUGAGUCCUUAUAGGAUUAUUCAAUAUAUGUCCGCACGUGUCAAUAGAAACGUGAACUCUUGUAUAUUUUAGCAUGUGUUCUUAUUGGGUAGUCUGUUCUUGUAAAUGUAAAUCCGUGUCCUAAUUAUAAAAGUCGAUUCAUUAUAUAUGUGAAAAAUUAGUAUGUCAGAAAGAGUAGGUCAAUAUAUGUUAUGUCAGCCGUGUUAAUAUGGUUAUGUCAACCUGUGCCCGAUUGGGUAUUUCAACCCAUGUCCGAUUAGGUAUGCCACUUGUGUCCGAGUGGGUAUUUCAACAUGUGUCCGAUUUGGGUAUGUCACCCUAAUCAGUUUGGGUAUGUCAAUAUGUUUCCGAGUGGGUGUGUCAACAUGUGUCCGUUUGCGUAUGUCAUCAUGAUUCCAAAUGAUAUGUCAUCAUGUGUCCGAGUGGAUAUGUCAACCUUUGUCUGAAGAGGUAUGUUAACCUGUGUCCGAUUGGGUUUGUCAACCUAUGUCCGAUUGCAUCUUGUAUCCGAGUGGGUAUGCCAUCAUGUGUCAAAAUUUGCAUGCUAAGAUGUGUUCAAAUGUGUAUGUCGACUCAAAUGUUGUAAGUCCAUACCUAAGAACCGAAUUAAAUGUGAUAUGGGAUAACUUUAAGAUCGUUUGAAUGGGAUACAUUUCCCAGGUGAUGGCCAUGUCAUGGUAACAUCCUAGAUGUCAUAACAUGACAGAAUUUUUAUAGUAACGUGGACAGGGAUUACAAUGUCAAGAUUAAUGAAAUCACAAUGUCAUGUCAUUGUUGUUAAAAUGCGGAAAUAGCAAUCAUGAUUUUAAAAAAAGUUAUGCACAUACUAUUGUGGCAUAGAAUGAAACCACAUUAUUCUGUUAUUGUUUUUUUUAUAACACAUGCUAAGAAUGGGCACUGAUAGAUUACGCCAUAGACAGAGCGUGCCCUUUGGUAGGCUCAACCAAUAUCUUACAAAUACUUUGCUUGUGGUGUGACUGCUUCCAUCUAUGGAUAGCGCGCAAAACAUAAGUCCCGAUAACUACGCCAAAUGAUUUUUUUUUUCUAAAUGACGCAACUGGGUUUGGAGGGUAAUAUUUUCUUUUCGGAAGAAAAUCGUCUCAUUUCAAAUAUGGUGAAAUAAAUAAUCGGUUUAAAGUGUUUGGGACAUAAGAAAAUAAAUAUAGUUCAUAAGUGUGUCAUGAAAAGUAUGCAGUGACGUAUCAUAGAGGAAAUAGUGUAGCAAAAAUGGAUAUUUUAAAUUGUUCGUUACUUGAGUUCAUUUUUGUCGAGUAACUCUAGUAGAAGGGAAGUUCACGGACUGGCGUCGCCAAUGUCUGGCUGGCCUAUAACUAGUAGCAACGAAUUCAACUAUCACUUUCACCACCCACCCCCCUCUUUUUUUUUUUUCACGUUCCACCCCAAUUCUUCUAGGCACGCGCUUGACGCCAACGGAUGUGAGACCUGCGCGUGCAACCCUGACGUUCCUUUCCUAGAAUGCCACACCUGGAUGAAGUGUGCCCAAGGAGUGUGCCCCUACGCCUGUAGCUGCCAGCCUAACUGUUAAUUUAACGUGCUAUUUGAACGGAACUGUUAAUUAAACGUGCUAUUUGAACGGAACUGUAAAUUAAACAUAAUCAAUGAAAAUUGUGUAGCGG